AGGCCGUUCACUGCAGUCGAAUUCACUGCCUCAGACAUUGCAAUGCAUAUGAUGGUCCGUUGUGAGUUGACUUGAGAUGAACUCACCCCCUCUGUGUCCGUCGUAAGUUCGAUCCAAGGCAUCAGACCAAAAGGGUGUAAUGCCGUGCGAACUAACUCGGUCAACACUGCCGAGGAACCAGACUUCGAAUGCGCCCGGGCAAUGCAUUAAGACCAGUACAGUUUUCUAUCGACAUCAAAUGCGAGACCGUUCGGUGUAUAAGCAGCUGCUUCUAACCCGUUACAGCAUGUGCAUUGGCACGAAGUUGUGUGGGAUCUGCACAAGGUGGCUGAAAUCAGAAGGCUUUGCACUGGAUGGGAAACGAAACUUCAAAGCUCUUCGCAUGUCACGAAUGAUUCAUCGGCCGCUUUCCUUCUUGAUGCUUUCUUACCAUAAAAGGGAUGUCUUCCACUGCUUUGUCGAUUCACGGGACAACGUGGGCGGCACCUCUGCACCCCGACACGGCAUGAGUUGGUGCCAGUCUCGUCGAACACUUCUUGUGAUUCCUGAGCCUGGCAACUCUAGUGCUUGGUGCCCCAUGGGAGGCCGUGGCGCUGUUUGCAAAACAGGCCGUUGGUCUGCCCUUUUUUCUUUUCUGCAUUAAGGAACCCCUCAUGUGUGUCGAAAUGCGAAAGUCCUGUCAGGACUUCAAUCUCCAUGCUCGGAAGCCUUGCCAACAGGCGGUUUCACUCACCUCGUUUUCGGGGACGUUUCAUUUACUCGAAAAAAAGACAUCCGAAGGUUUAGCACUUGAAUCCCUGGAGAGAAUGCAUGGACCAUAGCGCUGUCGAGCCACGUUGCCGCAGCCUCAAUCGUGCCAUGGCAUUUUACCUGCUUUCAAAGUUUGGUAAUGCGCCAUAGCCAGGUGUUCCCACGAACAAUUCACGGAAGAAAGAGCCUGUGAACCCUGGAGUUCCCCAACGGCGUCCUAGUCUUCACAAUUCCACACCAUUCAUGUGCGGCAGCGACCGCGUGCCGCACCCGGUUUCUUUCAGGGCUGAAAACUAUCACAGAAACAGCCUGUGACAACUUUUUAAAAAACAAGACUCACCGCCUUUCCGUGCUUCCCAGUGUGGCUCUUCUGUGGCCUCCACUUUAUCAGACAUGCAUCAGUGUUCUCUCAGGAUGGCUCUGUGUCGGGUAACACGAAGCUUCAUUGCCAGUAUCCGCGUGCACUUACCGUACAGCCCGAGCGCUAUCAACAAGUAGAAUUCUGUGUCUAUCUAGCGCUGCACGGAAGUGGGGAUGAGGGAAGGUCACCUGUGAACCUUCGGGUUGAAAAAUCAACAUAUUCGUGGGGCGAUUUGAGAGUCUGCGGUCGUGCAAAUGCUCCACGCGUGAAGAAACGGCGCCUUCCCGUUGAAAAUGAUCGAUUGUGUCGCUGUAUCGAUCUGUUUUCGGUGUGCUGACGUUCCCGGUACCAGCAAUCGUUUCCCUCGUCCCAACUGCUGGUUUCAUUGCUCAUUUUUUGAGCAGCAAGUGCACAGAUUUUGCCCCUCUCUUGCUCACGCAAAUCCCCAGUCUUUUUAGCGCAAAAACUGACGGGAACCACCGGUCGGGUUUCCUAUCGGCGCACCGUAUUGAGACCGAAUCACAUCGACACCAGCUACACACCAACCCGUAUUUACGACUGAUGCCAUACCACUCGUCGGCUUUCCCCCCCUUUUUCUUCGCAGGACCAGAGUUUUUCCGAAUCUGCAUGUCCUCGAAGACUAUGAAUCAUCCGUCGAUAAGGUUCAAUGAGGGACUUGACAUUUUGCGGUUGUGUCGUCUAUCGAAUUUUGCCCCUCCAGGCACGCUUGAUCCUCCAUAGUAGUAGCGGUCACUUCUGCGUCGUCGUUCGCCUCUCCCGCCUGCUUGAAUAGCGGUUUCUCUCGAGCGCCUGUGUUUCAGCGUUUUGUGUCUCGGUUUUCCACGGACCAAUUCGUUUCUCAUCUUUUUUCACUGGCGGAGGCCGACCUGAUUGGUAAUCUGUAUAUCGUACCAGCCAGAGAGGCCAUCUCCCACUAUCUUUCGCAGCCGACGUAGCUGUUCAUGUGGCACUGGGGAAUGAACCCUCGGCUGCCGACAAGCUAUUCCAGUGAGACUCUGAGCUACCCUGAAAGCCGGUUCGAGGUGCUUUUUUGCCCGGAAUUUUUCUCAACUGAAAAAACUGCCGAAAUUUCUUGUCGAGCGCAUCUUUCUCCGAAUGUCUUCAGUUUAGGACCGAGGAGAAACUUUUGUGGCAGAGACACGGCACCUGGUGCCUACCUCCCGCUGCUUGUUGGCGGUGCGUCUUUCUCAGAGUUGCGGAGAAGCCGCGUUCGCCCUUUUAUAACUCUCUGCGUUGAGCUAAAAUUAUUUUGAUUUUCCUUCGGCGGCAUCUGAAAUUCACUAUUUUCUGGCGUUUUUGGCAACCAAUAUAAACUUGCCGGUGGCUACUUUUCUUCAAAGACGAGGCAUCUGUCUGAAAAAACUGGGCAUGGUCUUUGUGAGGCGGGUGUUGUCGCAACAAGUCUGUCGCUGUGGCUUUCUGUCGGUCACGACAUCCGUUUUUUUUCUCUUGACGCAAGCGCCUCUCUCUCGGAUAUUUUUCUGAACCGACCUCCCAGUGGCUUUCUCCAGUUACCUUUUCUCCUGCUGCAAGGCUGCGGCGCGAACUGGUGGUACAGCCUCGAGCAUAUAGUAGCCAAGGUAGAGCCACGUCUCGCGGGCGUUGGACACCGUUUCCCCACUCUUUCUGGAAGCUUUGUUGGGCGACACAUGGCUAGACCUGCAACGGGAUAACGGUUUCUAGUACACAAUGUGCGUGAGCUGCGAAUCCACCUUCCGGCGGGGGUGACGACUGUGUGUGAACAUCGGACGCGCUUCGUCCUCUGCAGCCGCCUGUGGAGCGGUGAAGUCUGCCGUGCAGCACUCUCGCUUUUUCGUGUAGUGUACAAAGACGAACAGGGAAUUUCUCUGCGCCUCGAAAUCACGGGGCGUCUCGCUUCCGGACUCCGUAGUCUACGCAGCCCCAGACGACACGCAGUGCAAGCAAAAUGUGGAACUGCCGUGUUUGUAGCAGCACUCCCUUCGCGUCUCUCUUCGGCUUCGGCUCCAGCUCCGACGACGACAAAAAGAAGAAAAAAAGAGGCGGAUCCACUGGCACUGACGCGAGCUACUCGAGUUCUGAGGGCGAGAGCGUCUACACAGAUCGAUACGCAACCCAGGAAACCUUCGAGCCUCGAAGCCCAGAGGAGAUUGCCACGUUGUGUCGGGCGUGGGAGUACUACGUUCACCCCCGGGCAAAAGAAUUCUGGCAGACCUCAGAGGCUCGAAUGGAAAUCUUGAAAAGAAUCGCUGCAGGCGUACACCGUGACUAUGAUCCUGUCCUCGGAGAUGAUCGACAGUGUGUGAUUUGGUACGGAGACUUGAGUGAGGACGAUCACCUGCCCGUCAUUCGGAUGGUGAAGCCGGGCGAAUCACAGGAGUCGCAGACCUACGUCAACCGAACCCUCGUCUUCCUCUACGCCGACGAGGAAAGUUUCAACGAACUCCAGGAGAAGCCCAAAAAGGCGUUUACGAUGGCGUGCGGGAAUCCGAUGUGUGUCAAUCUUACGCACAUCGCCUUGGAUGAGUAAAAACGCGCCACACAGGGUUCGCCGAAACCUUCGCAGUUGGCAGCAGGGAGAGCCAACUCCGCUGUCGGGUUCUUGCUGGUUCCAGGCGGCGGAUUUCAGAAAGACAAUUUCGUAUCUGCAGUUGCAGAAUAAAGCCCCGUAGCCGUGGUGACGUGCGGCUUUGUCUCGCUUCUCUUGUACAUAAGUCAAUAACUCGAACCUUUGCUCCUUUGUUGCUCUGUCAAACAGUGAAAAUACACACUCGUUUCUCGCGCAUCCGGUGGACGCCACGCUUGUCAGUUUCUACCGUUGGCGACCUCACUCAGGCACCGAACCUGAGUCUCUCUUUUCUACUUGUGUCGUGUGUGUGUGCGCGUCGAGCAUCAUAUCGUGUUGAAUCGUGGGGGCUUGUUUCCCGCCGCAUGACGGCCGCGAGCCAAGCGCGCUCAGGUUUGCUUCGGGGUUCGUGGCACCGAUCAGCGUCGGUUUUUUUUAGGACACCAGACUGCUGCGACAGAGGCAGAACAGAAACCUAAUAGACAAGGGGGUUGUUGGGUUCGGUCACCGCGCACUCGGUCCUUUUUCCGUCUCGGAUAGAAAUUUGUCGCUGCAGUUUGAGAUGCAAGCUAGCUUCGCACGUCGGACGAGCGAACGGGAAGACCAGGCGUCAUUCCACAGAAGGUUAUGGGAAAGAGGACUCGAGUCUGCAUUUUUGACGCAUCACUACUUUGUCAGUUGGUGACUGACUGGUACGCUCGCAGACUCCGUCUGCGUGGUUUCUGGGGAGUUUACAACCGAAUGCACCGGCGAAUUUGUCCCGCUGCUGGGUCUGGUUUUGCGAAAACUCGUGUGAGAACGGCGCAGAGUCGACACGGCUUUUGUUAAUGGCUCGCGAUGUGCAAAGACGUUCCCGUUGAGUCUCAGAGAAAGCCGCUUGGCGAAGCUGGCGGUGGAAUUCCGAGCAGCAUCCGCUUAUCGCAAGACAAAACGCGGGUGCGCGAAAGAAAAUCUACACACGUCUCGCUAGAUUCACGUGUUUUUGUCCGGGCAAAUGAGGCGUCGGAAGUGCUCUCCAGAGGCGGCAUCUGUUCCGUACAGCUUUCAGCAUGUGUGUAUACAGGUGCAUACAUGCAUUCGUAACUGUUGCAGAUCUUUACCUGGUGUUUGUCGCAUUUCACAGUUCUUCGUGCAUGCUUAUUGCGAAUGUGGUGCAUGUAGGUACAGAAUACAGAUUCGUGUUGUGGUUACAGCUUGCGCAUGCUUGUUUCUUGUAUCGGAUUGUGUACCGCGUUCAACACGGCAAAGAACGGAAGCGGAUCUUGUGACUGUUUGAGGCCGGGCAGCGAUCUUGAAUGUGCUCGUUUUUUACAGUACACCCACCGUCUUGUUUGCUGCUCACCCGUAACAGACAGCUCGUUUCACCAACGGUGUUGCUAAUUUACACUCAAGUCAUGCACGAAUGAGGCAUUAGAGAGAAACCCGUUGACAGCUGUUUGAGAACAACUAACUGCUGUUCCGGUGUUACUGCACCAGGCAGAAAGUGGCUUUUCGAAAAGACGCUUCUGAAUACCGCUAUGCUUAGAGCAGUCAACAUGACGGUCAGGAAAAGCACAGUAGAAAUUGGCCCCGGUCGUCAGAAUCAAUUAAGAUCUCAAUCGCAGGUCCAAGUCGUCUAUAUACCCCUCUCUCUCCCCCUGAAGAUGAAUGCCGGUGUUUUGUGAGCCUGCGAAGGGGUCAACAGUCCCGGACAAAGGCAGUUCGCAGGAAUGCUCAUGAUUGUAAAACUGCUCAUGGCUUCCCGCUGCCGAAAACAAGAAACAGACUCUGACUCUCGACUCUACUGACGUUUUGCUGAACUGAGUGCACACGGCCGCUUUACUUUAGGGGAAACGUCAGGAAGUCUGCUCUCACCAUUUUGACAGUCCGUAGACAUGAUAUCAUUUCCUCGUUUGCACUUGAGAAUACUUCUUUUCCCCUCAAGGCAAAGACGUUGCCCGUGUUCCGGACUCUCGAGGAGACGCAUUCAAAAGGGUCGUUCUCCCUAGUUUGUGUCCUUUUUUUUUGAAAAUGCACUAAAAACCAGCGUCGACGCC